AUGGCCACCAACGGUGUGAAAGCCUCGCCAUCUCUACCUCCUGUAUACAUUGUCGCAGCCGCAAGAACGCCCGUGGGUAGCUUCUUGGGCUCCCUUUCCUCUUUGACUGCUCCUCAACUCGGCUCCCAUGCCAUCAAAUCUGCGCUCCAGAGAGUGCCCGAGAUCAAGCCCUCAGAUGUCCAGGAAGUCUUCUUUGGCAAUGUCAUCUCGGCCGGCAUUGGACAGAACCCUGCUCGCCAGUGCGCCCUUGGUGCCGGUCUGGAGAACUCCACCGUUUGCACUACGGUCAACAAAGUCUGCGCCUCUGGUGUCAAAGCCAUCGUGCUUGGAGCCCAAACCAUCAUGACUGGCAAUGCCGAUAUCGUCGUCGCUGGUGGUGCCGAAUCCAUGUCCAACGCUCCUCACUACCUCCCCAACCUCCGCACCGGCGCCAAGUUCGGUGACCAGACACUGGUCGACGCAGUCCUCCGAGAUGGCCUCACAGAUGCCUAUGGCAAGAAAGAGCACAUGGGUCUGCAGGCUGAGGAAUGCGCACAAGACCAUUCCUUCAAUCGUGAACAACAAGACGAGUACGCCAUUCAGUCAUAUCAAAGAGCGCAGGCGGCGCAUAAAGACGGUCUCUUCGAUUUUGAGAUGAGCCCUGUUGAGAUUCCUGGUGUCCGAGGAAAGCCUGGCACCACGGUGGACAAGGAUGACGAGCCCAAGAACCUCAAUGUCGAUAAGCUGAAAUCCAUGAAGCCUGCCUUCAUCCCUAAUGGCGGUACCGUCACAGCGCCCAAUGCCUCGCCGCUAAAUGACGGUGGCGCUGCAGUCGUCCUCGUGUCGGAGGAAAAAUUGAAGGAGCUGAACAUCAAGCCUCUCGCAAAGAUCCUGGGCUGGGGCGACGCUGCUCAGCAACCCAGCAAAUUCACCACGGCUCCGGCCAUUGCCAUUCCCAAAGCGCUCAAGCAUGCCGGAAUCAAGCAGGAGGAUGUUGAUGCAUUCGAGAUCAACGAAGCUUUCAGCGUGGUAGCUCUCGCCAACUUGAAGCUACUGGGUCUCAAGGACGACAAGGUCAAUCUACACGGCGGUGCGGUUGCCAUUGGUCACCCUCUUGGUGCCAGCGGUGCCAGAAUCGUCUGCACCCUCCUAGGUGUUUUGAAGGCAAAGAAGGGCAAGAUCGGCUGUGUGGGUAUCUGCAACGGCGGCGGUGGGGCUAGUGCGCUCGUCAUUGAGUCACUGAUGUAG